AUGGAGAACUUCUCCCUCCCUGAAAUAAAUUCUUCAUGUGCAGACUGCACUGGGAGAGGACACUGGAGUCUGAACACAUCCACUACUCCACCAAGCCCCAGGUACUACAUCACAGUGCCUGUCAUCUACUCAGUCAUCUGUGCCGUGGGACUGACAGGCAACACCGCUGUCAUCUACGUAAUCCUCAAGGCACCAAAGAUGAAAACAGUGACCAAUAUCUUCAUCCUCAACCUGGCCAUUGCUGAUGAGCUCUUUACCUUGGUGCUGCCCAUCAACAUUGCUGACUACCUGCUCCUGCAGUGGCCCUUUGGAGAGUUCAUGUGCAAGCUCAUCAUCUCCAUAGACCAAUACAACAUUUUCUCCAGCAUCUACUUCCUGGCUGUCAUGAGCAUUGACCGCUACCUUGUGGUGGCGGCCACCACCAAGUCCAGGAAGGUGUCCUACCGCACCUACCGAGCUGCCAAGAUUGUGAGCCUGUGUGUCUGGUCCUUUGUCACUGUCAUCAUCCUGCCCUUCACUGUCUUUGCUAAGAUCCACAAGGAGCAGGGGCGCUCCCAGUGCGUCUUCGUGUUCCCACACCCCGAGAGCGUGUGGUGGAAAGGCAGCCGCAUCUACACCCUUGUUUUAGGCUUUGUCAUCCCAGUGUCCACCAUCUGCACCCUGUACACCACCAUGCUGUGCAGACUGAGACAAGUGCAGCUCCACUGCCAUGCCAAAGCUCUGGACAAAGCCAAAAGGAAGGUGACACUGAUGGUGGCUGCUAUCCUGGGUGUGUGCCUGUUCUGCUGGACGCCCUUUCACCUUAGCACAGUGGUGGCCCUCAUCAUGGACAUCCCACAAACUCCCCUUGUCAUUGGGAUUUCCUACUUCAUCACCAGCCUAAGCUAUGCCAACAGCUGCUUCAACCCUUUCCUGUACGCCUUUCUGGAUGACAGCUUCAGGAGGAGCUUUUGCAAACUGAUGGAUCGCAGAGCUGCCUCCUAG